AUGCCCUACAUCGCCUCUUAUUUGCUUGCCACCCUUGGGGGCAACUCCCCUCCUAGCGCCAAAGACAUUAAGAAGAUACUAGACAGCGUGGGCAUCGAGGCGGACGAUGACUGGCUCAACAAGGUCAUCAGUGAGCUGAAUGGAAAAAACAUUGAGAAUGUCAUCACCCAGGGUGUUGGGAAACUUGCCAGUGUACCUGCUGGUGGAGCUGUGGCUGUUUCUGCUGCCCCUGGCUCUGCAGCUCCUGCUGCUGGUUCUGCCCCAGCUGCAGCAGAGGAGAAGAAAGAAGAGAAGAAGGAGGAGUCUGAAGAGCCGGAUGAUGACAUGGGAUUUGGCUUGUUUGAUUAAAUCUGUGCUCCCCUGCAA